GAAAAAAAAGCAGAGGAAAGAAAGCUCAGAGAAAACCAUUUCACUGCUUUCCUGCAAAUAAUUCAAACUAACACUGAUUUAACGCAUUUCCGGUUUCUUAGUUCACGCUUAAGAAAUACAGCAUAAAAUUUCCGGCCCUAUACACUCGAAUAUAUGCACAAAUGCAUAUACGCGUGUAUACUAAAUACUUAUACGACAAUAAAGUUCUAUAAAAUUCGAUAGCAACUGAGAUUUACGUUUUGUUUUUUUUUUUUUUUUAAGCAAAGGAACGGGAAAAAGGCAAAAAUGAAUAAAUAAAAAUGUAAAAUGAAACCUUAGAGGCAAGUAAAAGGAAAAACAAAAAACACGACGCACACACACACGUCUCUAUAUAAAGACGUGCAAUUGCACAUUCACCGCCGACGAAGGCGGAGUAAAGCCUUAGAAAGUGAAAGAUAAAUAGGAAAAUCUUUGAGAACAAGAGAGUACAAGUAAUAGAAUAAAAUAUUUUAACUGAAUGCGUGCAUAGAUGUAUGUCUGCAUGUAUGUGUGUACGUUUUAUUCAACUAACAAGCUGCCAUCUGGAUUUGCGCUGAUUGCUAAGGAUUAUUGGAGUAAAUCAAAAAGGAUUUAACAUGAAUGCCAUACAGUUGCUUAUGGUAACACUAUUAUCUAUUGAUAUUCAUCUCAAUCAGGCUUUAUACCUUUCAAAUCUCUCCGUCCCGCGCAUAAUUGACGCCACGCAAAAAGCCAAAUUGUUUUGCAGUUACGAAAUAGGAAAUCGAACGCUCAACUCAGUCAAAUGGUACAAAGAUGGCCAAGAGUUUUUCAGAUACUCUCCGCUCACGCCGCCCACUACAAAUUGGUUUCCUGUCAAAGGUGUUACCAUUGCCGACGGCUCAUCGCAUUGCAAUCAAUUUAUAUGUAAUGUCGAAUUGGAAAAACUCAGUGUUCACUCCUCCGGCUCUUAUCGCUGCGAGGUGUCUGGUGAUGCACCCGAAUUCAAAUUAAUCGAUAAAACGGCCAACAUGACUGUAGGCGUUUUGCCGAAAUUUGAUCCAUUUAUCAGCGGUCUUCAACAUACCUACAGAUACGGUGACCUUAUUAUGUUGAAUUGCAGUUCAGAAUGGUCAAAUCCCCCGGCGACACUUACCUGGUAUAUCAACAAUAAAACGGCACCCCUGACAACUAUACAACCGCAAAUCAAUGAAAUCACACGCAGCACAGAUGGUUUCCUUCUUUAUGCCAGCAAUUUGCAAUUACGCAUACACAUCGACGAUCCACGUUUCAUAGCGAAAAGUGAGGUUUUCGAAUUGAAAUGUGUUGCGGACAUAAUGGCCAUCGCCAGUGUACGGAGGGAGAGUAAAAUUACAGCCACCAUUUUGGCUUUACAGGACACAGCCAGCCAUAAACAACGUCUAAUGGGCCAGAGUAGUACAAGUGGCGGCGAUAGUCUAUUACGGUUAGCGUUCAUUGCCGAUGCCUCUCCGAGCGUACAGUGUUUAAUUUAUGCGCUAAUCAUGUCGAUGUCGGUGUCUUUAUGGCAAACAGGUUGUUGGAGUUAGCUGCUGCAUUCGGUCUAAUACAAAAUAAGUUAACAUUUAAGGGAAAUGUUUAGAGCGUAUAUAGUGUUUAAAAUUGUGUAUGAUUGUAUGUGUAUGACGAAAUAAUUAAAAUGAUGAUUAUGCUGAUGAUGAUGAUGAUGGUGAUGG